AGAGAGAGAGAGAGAGAGAGGGGGGGGAGAGAGGGGGAGAGAGAGAGAGAGAGAUGGAGUAUAGAGAGGGCAUCCUAUGUGGGGCAGGGGAGCUGGAGUGGGACCCUGAUAUUGUCAGUGAAGAAGCAGGAAAGCUGUACUCAGAACUGCAGACGGUUGUGGGGACCCAUGGGGCAGACGUGGUGGAGUCCCUGGUGCCCAUCCUGGUGUGGGUCCUGGAGGGUCUGGCCAGCUCCAGAGCUCAGCUGAGGGAGAAGGGGGAGGAGGCAGAGAGAGAGAGGGGCGACCGAGAGGAGCUGAUGGAGAGAUACCAGCUGGAGAAAACCCUGAGGAAGGAGAAUCAGGAGCGAUAUUUAGAGCUGGAUGAUCAAAUGGAACAGGAGAGGAGGACCACGAGGGUGAGAGAGAAGGAGAGAGAGCGGAGAGAGAGAGACCUAGAGAAGAAAGCCAGAGAACUGGCUGACCAGGUGGUGGCCUUGGAGGAGCAGAGGUCUGCGCUGAGUAGAGACCUGAGCUCGCUGAGGAACACACACAACAAGCUGAUGCAUACUUACCGGGACCUACUGGAGAAGAAGAAAGAGGCUGAAAGAGAGGGACAGUUAUCUCUAAGGAACCAUGUGAGCCUUAAGAGUUCUGAAGCUUCAUGUGACCAGGCCAUGGCACAGGACGCUUUUACACACCAGCCAUCUAGCCCGAGACCUGAAUCACGCUCUGAGCCCUCCCCUUUGGAAGACCCGGUAACCAAGGACGACCGGGUGAUUGACACAGAUGUAAUGCCUCCGAGCGAUCCAUCCUUCCUCCAGGACCUGAUAAGCUCCACCCCCGAGCUGGCUCAGUUCCACGGCCUGCUGGGUGCCAGUACACCAACCAGAGAUCCAAGUGCUAAAGAAACCCACCCAGCCAAGACCAGCCUGGAGGAUGAGAUGAGGAAGGCGGAGCAGAGGGGUGGAGAGGAGGGCGACAGACAGGAGGAGAAGGUGGAGGCUGUAGGGGAGAUGGGCGGAGAGCAGCAGAGGGAGGAGGAUGGGGAUCGGGACAGCCUGGACUGGGAGCUGAGGAACACAGAGUCGGUGUUCUCAGAGCUGUCGGAGCUGAGCCGUGACUACGUGGAGAGCGUGGACCAGGGGGCCAGCGUCCGAGGUAGUGCCGACCAGUUUGAAGAGAUUCUUUCUCAGUACGAGGAACUGAAACGCACCCAGGAGAUUGUGGAUGCAGCUCGUAAAGCGCUGAUCUCACGCGUGGAGGAACUGACUAGCGACAGGUCGGCUCUGAGGCUGGAGGUGAACUCCCUUCAGGAAAUCACAACCCGAUUGGAGAGCCGCACAAAGGAGAUGGAAGAGGAUAUAAAGAGGCUUCGCAAAGAACUGGAAGCAUCUCAGUCUGAGGACGAUGCCUCUGUGCCCAUCUCUAUGCGGCGGUUCUCUCGGUCGGAGAUGGCGCGUGUUGUCAUGGAGAAGAACCAGUACAAGGAGCGUCUGUUUGAGCUUCAGGAGGCGGUGAGACGCAGUCAGAUCCUCAGGGCCACCAAAGAAGAAAAGAUUACAGAGGAGAAAAGCAGUGUUUGGAGCAGGUUUAACCGCUUGUUCGGCCUAAGCAAGGAACCGCUAAUCCCGACCCCUGCUCUGGCAAUUGCCAUGGCGACGUCGCCGUCCAUCCAUCGCUCGUCCCCUGGGCCUCUGCGACCGCUGGCGGUCAGUCAGACUCAGACAGAAGGGUCACCCCCUGCGUCCGCUGCUCUCUCACCGCGCGUCAGGAGGAGGGAGCUCUACAGAGACGUCCGCUCACACGUGUGGAAAGCGCUGGGAAAACACCAGAUCCACGGCUGGAGCCUGCCGCUGUCACACACACAGGAAUCCUCUGAACCUGUGCCUGAGCCCAAAGACGUACCUGUCCUCAUCCAGCUCAGAAUGCUGGACCAGAGAGAUGCUACUGCCAAGCUGAGCUGUGCUCUGGCGGUCACCCCCGAGAUCUCUGGAGAUGCGACGUGUGCUGUGUGGGCGGUGUCUGGCCCCGCCUCAGGAAGUGAUGUCACAGUGAUUGACCCGGCACGGUCCAAUACGGUGCUGGAGCAGUUCAGCCUCCCGCCCACCUCACCCGCCCUCUGCAUCUGUGCUGUGCCCCCCACUGGUGACACUUCAGGAACUGUGUGGAUUGGAACUCAGGAGGGAAGUGUGAUGAUCCAUUCAGCCACCAUACCCAGGAGGCGCUGUCUACAGUCCAUCUCUCUCUUAGAGGGAAUCCACUCACUCACGUAUUCCCAGGGUCGAGUCAUCGCUGGGUUAGCCGAUGGGACGCUGGCAUUUUUUUCUCACACGUCAGGUGGCUGGGAUCUCCAAACACAUCAGGUGCUCGCCAUGGGAUCCACUCCUCUGCAGCCUAUUCGCUGUUGCCUAGCAAAGGGGGCGGGCUUAUGGGUGGGCUACUGGAACCGGGUCCAUGUGGUGGAUAUCCAGAAUCAGAAAGUAGAGCAAACCUUUACAGUGUCAGAGCGCAGUGAGCAGCAGGUGCGUUUCCUGUGCGCGGCAGGAAGUGGUGUUUGGAUUUCAUGCCGGCUGGACUCCACCCUUCGUCUUUUUGAUUGGUCCAGUGGUCGACCCCUGCAGGAAGUUGAUUUGAUUCCUCUGGUCACCAAAACACUGGGUCCCGCCUUCCUAAAUCUCUCCACUUUACAAAUGUCUUCCCUGUCCAUCAUAUCAGGACGGAUGUGGGUGGGGACAGGAAGUGGAGCAAUCUUCUCCAUCCCCUUGUCUCUCACCUCGGAGUCCGCCUCCAUCCCAUACUGCUCUCUAGCGACGGCCCAGCUGUGUUUCCAUGGACACCGGCAAGCAGUUAAAUUCAUCAUCGCUGCACACGGUUGUGUGAGCAGCUCCCAGGGCAGCGCUCCUGUGUCCACCUCUCAGCUCGUCCUCAGUGGUGGAGAGGGCUACAUCAACUUCCGCAUCGGAGACGACGCGAACGACGGAGCAUCGGAAGGUACCCCUCUGCGCUCCGAACGCAGUCACAUGAUCAUCUGGCAGAGCCCCGCCCCCUCCGUACCCAGCUCUGCCCUCUGACUGGCCGCACCAGAACGCCAUGGAGACAGCUGACCCUCAACGGCCCCCCCCCGUCCAGAUCUGAACUCCUCUGAUCUAAAUCCUGCUCCUGGUUCCGGAUGUGCUGAGUUCACGGCUGGUGUCUUAAGGCUGCAGGAUUUACUAUUUUUUCCUCCUCAUCUCAUUCUUGUAGUCUGUGUCUGAGCCGUCCUGUUUGGGGGGAAACUCAAGCCUGUUUUGGUUCAGCGUGUGUGCCUUCCAACUGAUUUUACUGUUAUUGCCGUGGAAUUGGUCAGUGUAUUGUACAAACUGUUUGGAAACACAGUUUCAUGAUUUUUCUGUGUCUUGCUUUCACAAUGUAACCUGAUGGUGAUUUAAUCAUUAUGAUCAAUACACUAACAAUGUGUUCUUCAGUCAGUCAGUCACCACUUUAUUAUUUAAUUAUUUUCCUGGUUGUGUGUUUCUCCAUUUUGAUUUCACCUGAUUUCACACAUUUACAUCUUCUUUCCGUUGUAAUGACCCAGGGUUGUCUGAUGAUUCUAAUGAUCAGAGAUGCUCACGUCAAUGCUUACAGACGCAGUAAUAACGCUGCAGCUGUCAUGUGAUGCGGGAUUCUUAACGUCCAUUGUAAAAAAAAAAAAAACUGGAACAGGCAGAAGUUGCCUCUAAACUCUUGACGAGCCGUUACUUGCCAUAAGAUCAGGGCUUAACUGAUUGGGGGCUGGGGUCGUUUGUCCCAGAUACCGGUGAAGUUCCACCUGGUUGACUCUAGAUUGCCCUCUCUCUUCACACUGCAUGCUGGAUUACACUGAGCAGUGACAGCACUUUAUGAUUGCCUACAUCUGUACCGCAGUAUAAUGUAUGAGUGUAUGUGCUGUGCAUAUGUUUUCUCUGGAUGGGUAAUCGUCUUAAAAUCUCUGUGUUUUUCCCUAAAAAAUUAAUGACCUUCAGACCUAUCCUUUCAUUAAUGUGACUGGGUUGUUUAAUUUCUUGAUUUAAUUUAUGUUUUAAGUAGUAGUAGUUUGUAAUAUAAGGGAAGGUAUAUUAUGACAAGGUCAUUAUGGUGCUUGUGUCGUGUCAUGUCAGGAAGUGUCACUAGACUGUUCCUCUAUGAGCUACAUCCAACCUCUAUGAGCUACAUCCAACCUCUAUGCAAAGACAAUCUAACGAAAGCAUAUCACCAAGAUUUUACUUUUGUAAAUAUCAUUUUCAUUAAAAUCAGUUCAUGUGAAAGUG